AUGGCCAAUUUUGGUCGAAGGACCUGGGAUAGAGAGGAGUACGCUCAGUUAGCUCAAGAAGAACCUUUAAGCCAUGAAGAAACGUUGAAGAGUUCAUUAAGUGAUGCUAAAUUACAACAGCUCAAGAACAAAUAUACCGAUCAUAAUAGGCUUGUAAGGCAGUCUAUGCAUGACUUGAACAAAAAAGUGCUGGCCACUGGAAUUAGCUCCUAUAAAAGAGGUAAGCAAUUUGGGUUUUACUGUGAAUUAUGCGAUUUAACCCAUAAAGAUACUGCACAGUACAUUGACCAUCUUAACCACAAGACUCACCAACUAAAAUUUGAAGCUAUAUUUGGUGAAGAUCUAGUGGCAGAUAAAAGGGACAAUGAUGAUAUUCCUCCAGAGGAAUUUAGUAAGGAGUACAAGACCUUAGUGAGUCGAUUCGUUAAGCAACAUGCAUCCAAACCAAAAGCAACUAGUACCGGCACUAGAAUUGGAAAAUCACAAAAUGUCAAUGCCCCUAGCAAUCCUCCCUCUGCUAUACAUCAAUCUAUGGGGUUUUCUACCUUUGGUAGUACAAAAAUGUAG